AUGACUUCUCUGCAAAGCUCUUCUAUACAAAAAAUUAAGCUUUUGCUUCAGCUGGAAGAGGAAGAGGCCACUGACGAUUAUGCGCAAGGGGAAUUGCUGCUUGAGUUGCAUCGACGAAGUCGUAUCCGGCCUCGAAGUUGUUGGAUUCGGUCAUGGAUCUGCAGGAGGAAUGAGCAGGGCCAUUUCAACCAGCUGAUGAGGGAACUAGAAGCUGAAGACCAAGAAGCAUUCGCAAACUAUUUGAGAAUAAGUCCUGCAAUGUUCAGUGAGUUAGAACAAAGACUCCAUGGGAGACUGGAGAAGCAGGACACCUUCUUCAGGGAAGCUCUUUCACCUGCACUAAAGCUAGCCGUCACCCUUAGACACUUGGCCACUGGGGACAGUUACAAAACGCUCAUGUAUAGUUUCAGGGUAGCCGAUAACACAAUUUCACACAUAGUCCGUGAAGUGUGCUCUGCCAUCAUCGAGGAGUUCUCAGACGAGCUUGUUAGGUGCCCCACCAGUCCUCAAGAAUGGAAAACGGUUGCACAGGGCUUCGAAGAUCGGUGGAACGCUCCUCACACCAUUGGAGCCUUGGACGGCAAACAUAUUGCCAUCCGAUGUCCCGCUGAUAGUGGCUUCAUCUUUUACAACUACAAGGGCUUUUAUUCGCUAGUUAUUAUGGCCUUAGUUGAUGCCCAGUACAGGUUCCUGUGGAUCGAUGUGGGAGCUGAGGGAUCUACGUCGGAUAUGCGCAGCUUUUUAACUCUUGCGAACUAA